CGGAGGCGCGGGAGGAGCAGGCGGAGAGCAGGAGGCGGAGGAGCCAGCGCGGCGUAAGGGUCCACCGUCUGUGCUUGGUCGCUUUGAAAACAGCAACACCCGCCGGGGCGACAGCGGCAGCGACGGAGGUGGCGGCGACGAUGUCAUCGUCGUCGGCGGCGGCGGCCCAUUUGUUGUACGACACAGCGGCUCCGAGCUCCUGCCACCGGCUCCGCCCCGAGGUGCUGCAUGUGGGGACGACAGCACUAGCUCCCCCGGCGGCAUCAGGCGUAACGCCAUCACCGACCCCACAGUCAGUGCGGCGCCUGUUGGUGGUGAUGGUGCUGCUGGGGCGGUGGCAGGUCCCCUGCCCGCCAGCACGUCCGGUCCCACCUCGCCAGUCGCCAGCGCCCACCUGCUGCACCGCUGCAGCAGCAUCACGGGUCGGGGGCUCACCUCCAGUGGCGGGGGUGGCGGCAGAGUCAGCUUCGGGAGCACUGGUGCGGCAGGGUUCGGCACGCUCAUCGGCAGUAGCAGCAGCAGUGGCGGCGGCGGGGGGUUGUUGGCUGGAAGGGAGGAUGCUGCCGCCACCAGCGGAGGCCGUGUGCGGGCUUGGACGGAGCGUACGGAGUAUGGCAGCCAGCCAGCCCCCAGCAGUAGCAGCUUGCUAGCACUUGCGCGUGCCUCGGCGGCUGCAACCUCCGCCACCGGGCUGUCCUCGUCUCCCGCCGGGCCGUCAAGAGCGCUCCGACCAGUGCCGGCCAGCGCUGCCGUACCUCUGCUAGGUACGGCAGGUGUUGCAGUCGGACCCGCAAGUCCGAGUGCGUUGAUGCGGGCGACGGCGGGGCCGACGUCUUCACCCAUGCGUGUAGCAGCACCCCUGCUGGCGUCACGGCCCGCUAGUGCGGCCCCCACCACUACCGGCAUGCCACCCUCAGCCGCGUCGCUGUCCAGCCGUCCCUCCUCCACCUCCUCGUCCUCUGCUGUUGCUGCGAUCUCAGCGGAUCCCAUGCAACAUGCGGCCUCCGCUGGCAGCGGCAACCCGGAGGCAGCACCCUUGCUGACGGCGGUGGCAGCGGCUGCAGCGGCGGGGACAGAGGCGGCUGGAGCGGUACCAGCAGCCAGGAGGGGCCCCAGGACGGAGGGGGAGGCGGCGGUAGCUCGGCCGGCGGGGGACCAGCUGCUGCCGCCCUCGCGUGAGUCGCCAGCCCUUGCGAGCCAGGGAGCCAGGGAUGGAAGAGGCGGCGGUGGGGAUGACGGUUGCAUGCAUCGCCGUACUAGUCCUCCAACGGCGGAGGGGCCUGAUGCCCGGACGAGGACCUCCCCUGCCAGGGGUGGGGCCGGGCGAGGUGAAGGAGUGGCUGCCCGAACAGCCGUCGGUCAUGGCGGCACAGCAGCUUCUGCAGCAGGCGCCCCCGCUCCCGCCACCUCCCGCCAGUCCCCUGCGACCAGGCGAAUGUCAACAGGUGCUGCCGCAGCUUCAGCGGCUGCUACGUUAGCGGCUGCCGGUACAAUAAGUAGGACAGCCGCCUCAUCUUCAUCAUCGUCUCCCUCGCGGCGGCCAAGGGCGACCUCUGAGGUGCUGACCACCAGCAGCAGCAGCGGCCGUAACCCCGCUCCGCCUGCAUCAGGGGCAGCCAGGCCGCAGGGACGAGUGCGGAUGGGGCCGGCCCCCGCCGCUGCGGUGGGGGCAGCCGGUACGACGAUUGCGGGUGCGACAUGCGAUACCGCCAGGAACGUCGGUGCUGCUGGCAUCGCAGGUGGCGGAGGAGGUGGGAGCGGCAGUACAGGGGCAACAGCAGUUAUGCGGGGGCUGCCGAGACCGCCAGCAGCCGCGGGUGGGUCGCCGUAAAGCAACUAUGGAGCUUGGCUACGUGAGCGGCCUUAACACAAUGAGGCAGGGAGUGUAGUAUGACGUGGAGGAAUCUAUCAGUGCGGUAGCAGGGGGCGAAGGCUAUGUGUUAUGGAAACUCGUCGCGAGUCAGAACGUACCGGUAUUGUGACUGUGUGCAGAGAUGUACGGAGUUAGUCGCCAGGAAUGAGGGGUAGUUUGCUACCGUAGACUUUAAAGCAUAGGGGGAACAUGUAUGCCGACCCCUACGGCAGUAGGGCAGUG